UCUCGACAGCUCAAACUCACCGCUUCCCGGUCAAAACCCACCACCACAUCUGCCCCAAGGGUCCUCUCCGCUCCGCUCCGCUCCGCUCCGUUACGGUACGGGACCCGUACUUCCCAUCAACCGAGUCAUCGGUACCCGGUACCGACUAUCUACCGUAUUCGUACCUCGUACCCCCGCCUCCGCCGCUUGCCGCCACACGCCCGCACUUCGGCUGACAGACGGGUAUUCCGGUCCCACACAGGGCAUACCGAUCGAUACCCCACUUUAGUCCGUUCCGAGCCCGGUGCAUAGCUAGCAGUACCUAGGUUGCCGGCAUCAUGGCGUCAGCCGGACCCACGGGGUCAUUUGGCGCAGGCGCUGGAGGAAAACCCAACAACAGCAACAAUAUCGUCCCCGCUCAGCUGGGCUUCCUGGCCAUCUACAACCCCAGUCUUGGCACGACCGACGACACGCUCGAAGACCAGAUUGUCUACUACGCCUCGGUCACGACAUUGAAGGACCAGCAGCGCCGAAGACAUCGGUCGGACAGAUCAUCACGCCGUCGUCAUCAUGCGCCAACCAAUUCUGUGUCGGCAUCAUCUGGAGCAGCAGCUGCCCCCGGCACGGAAGCUGUUUCGAAAGAGGAGAAGAAUGAGCGCCUCAGGCAGAUAGGACUGGCCCAGGGCAUGGUCGAGUUUGGCAAGAGUUUCUCGGGUGGUAAGGCGGUCAAUACGAUUGAUACGGAGAAGAGCAGAGUGGUGCUUCAUGAGUUGGAGCCCGGGUGGUGGAUUUUGGCUUCCAUAGACCUCACCCGCCUUCCCCUUCCCAACCAAGGCGGCACCAGCAACAACAGCAAAACCUCCGCCUCCCCUCCCCGGUCUCCCAUCCCCAGCAGCCCACGUAAAGGAGUAGCUGAAGAAGACCAAAAAGCCGAAUACUCCUCCCGCGAACUCAAGCCCGCCGCCCUCUUGUUGCGGGACCUCCUACGUGCCCACGCUUGUUUCCUCCUUCACCACGACAGCUCGCUCUCGUCUUUGUUCGUGCGUGCCCAGCGACCCAAGUUUGUGGGCUUGCUCAGCCGCUAUUGGGAUCUGUUCCUUUCUACGUGGAACGUGUUGCUGCACGGUAACCCGGCAUGUAACAUCUAUGGCGGGAUCAAGAUCACUGCUAGCGGGGAACUUGGCGUGGGUGUGGGAGAAGAGGAUAGGGGUUCGGGGGAGAGGGAGGUAUUGGAAGGGAUGGUGGACAGAGUGGAGGGACUUGUGGAUUUGGUAGUGGGCAGGUUUGGAGAGCCUGGAGAGGAAGGGAAGGAGCCAACGGAUUGGCUUGGUACCGGAGCGGAACCGGGUGCGGACGACGGUGCGAUUUUCUUGGGCACCGGCGCGCUGUCAAGGCAGUCAUUGCGAUCGGUGGUGUGGUGGAUGGAGGAUAUGUAUACGUGGGGAGAGAACGCGUAUGGGGUCAUUGAGAGUCCGACGGCCACGAGAGUAACGCCCAGGAGGCAGCAGAGACAGACGGGCAGUAGGGCCAAGAUUGCCCCGCUUGGAGAGGUGAUGUCGCCCAGGCUGAAGAUAUCGGACUUGCGAUUGCCGCCGCCGAAGCCGAAGCCGACAACGACACCGCAGUCGGAGACGGAGCAGGGCAAGACAACUUCGGAUUCAGACGGCAGACCAUCCGGACCGCCAAGACCCGUUACUUCUCUGCAUCCUCCGGCUAAGAGUAGAAGUACUGCGAGUCCCGCGGGUACAGGUACGGGGACACCGGCCAGCUCGACGACGGAUGAGCAAGGAGGCGUCGGCAAUCUGUUUAGUUACCUGAAAAUGGGCUAUGGAACCCACUGGAGUUUGGGGAUGGGCGGUAGCUCUCAAAGUAUUGAGAAGCAGCAGGACAAGGUCGAGAAUCAGAAGCCCAAGAAGCCGCCUAAGGACUGCCAGUUCUUGAUUGGUCUCAUGGGCGACUUGGAGGGUACGCCAGCAACUAGUCCCGACGGCGAGCCCAUCGACCCGUUUGAGGCUGAAGACUCCAAUUCACGUCUGUUGUUGCGCACCCUAACAGUCGAAAUCGAAAGCGAAGGUGAAAACCGUCGCCCUUCGCAAGUCCAAAAAGAUUUCGGCAGCCACGAUACCGAGCUUGCUGAAAGUGAACCCCAGGGUACCAGCACCGGCACAGUAACCGUCACUGACGAGGAUGGCCUCCGCCGCGUCACCGCUGUCACCACAGCCAACAGCUCCAACCCGACCACGAAAUCUGGCUCGGCAGCCUCUUGUUCUGUGAACCAUCCUUACUCAGGCCCAGGACAUACAUCGUCGAUGGGUGGCACAGGACAGGCCGGUACUACGGGUAUCACCUCCGCUGCCACUACAUUCGACUCCCAAGACCGCAACAAGACCAAGAAGCUGCGCGUGGUCGUCUACGUCAUGCGCCCCUUCAUCUUUGUGUUUCUCUUCCAGCUGCGCACCGACUCCCUCGCCUGGGAAGGCUUCUACAGGAGUUUGCACCAGCAGAUGGCUCCCCUCCGAAAGUCGCUGUUGCGGGCUACGGCUUACAGGCCUGAGCGUCCUUCAGACUCGGUAGCUGGAGGGCGCGGGCAGAUUUACGAUUUAGUCUGGGAUCCUAAGGAGUUGACUGUGCACUCGACGAUUCCUAAUAUCCCUGAGCCUCCCGUUCCUGUGGCUGCGGGUGUAGUCGGUGGUUCAGAGACAGCAUCGGCCAAGGCGGCCAAGGCGCCCUGGAGCCGUAUCGAAGCGCUUAACACCCAUAACCAGAUUCUCAAUAUGUUCAUCAACACCCGCGAUGAUAAUCUCACCGGGUAUGAGCGCACUUGCAAGACAAGUAGAGGGUGGUGGAUUGUCUGGAAUCGUAUCCUCGAACGGACCGCUGUCGCGGAGUCUCAACCAUGUCAACAUCUGCUUUCUGUGUCUUCCACCAGAACAGCCUCUCCCGCAGCAUCGACAUCGCCUGUAGUCGCCUCCUUCGCCGGCACCAAUCAAGAUCUCUUCGCCAACGUCAAUAAACCCCGACGUGCAAGGGCGGCAAGUGACAAAACUCUUCGGAAGCGGCGGACAUCUGGUUCUUCUUCGUCGUCUUCUUCUUCUUCUUCGCCUAAUGCAGGGGCUACUUCUUCCACUGAUCCUUCUAACUCGACGGACCCCUCUGGCACUGCUGCAUCCGCAUCCGACGACUCCCUCUCCAGCAUUCCUGCAGACCAAUCACAGUCACCAGGUGACGACGCCGAUAACGAGCAAGAAGAAGAGGAAGAGGAAGAGUACGACGAAGAGCAUACCUCAAGUGAAACAGCUAUCCCUCGCUCUGCUACCGCUAGCGGUGUCGGUAGUGAUUCUUCCUCCUCCUCCUCGUCGGCGGCGAGGAGAAGAAGGGGAAAUGACAUGGUGGAAGUUUCCAAGGAGAUCUUCCUUAUUCGCAAAGCGACGGCGGGGGAGAGCGGGACUGGACUUCCUAUAGCUGAGAGACACCAUGGGCAUACGAGGGGUGUGAGCAGUGUUGGGAGUAUCGUGAAUGCGGCAUCUGCUGCUGUGGGCGGCGGCGGCGGUGGUGGUGGUACCGCUAAUAACGAAAAAGGCGAAAGCAGUGCUGCUGCCGGAACGGGUCAAGCAGCAGCAGCAGCAGCACCAGCAGGUGGAGGAGGGGGAGGAUGGGCGGAUGGAGCUACCAAGUUGGCGCAGGGAAUUGGUGUGGAUACCAAGAGGUAUAUCGAGGGGCUGUUGACUUUGAAUCGUUGAUUUGCAAGAAGGGGAAGAAAUACCCAUGUCGAGCUGGUGGACAACUAGUUCUAGGUGGUACAAAAAAAAGGACACAAGGUAAGUGAACCGUGGUGGUAAUGACAAGAGAGAGAGAUAAAGCAAUGAAGAUUCAGGGACACGGGGACACGGGAGGACAAAAAAAAAUAAACUACUACAUCAACAGUAAACAAUAAGUUGAUGGCUUCACAUAGCGGUAAUGAAAAAUAAACGGGUAUGCUUGGAGAGUCCAACCGGCCGGGCACUGUUCACUUCUCAUACAAGUCUAG